ACUACUACAACAUGGUCGCCUGCAAGCUGAUUGUCCUCGUCGCCUUCGUGGCUGUGGCCCGCGCCGGCUACUUGGGUGCCCCCGCAGUCUACGCCCCUGGCGCCCCCAUCGCUGCCCGCGCCUACGCCGCCCCUGUGGCGUACGCCGCCCCCGCUCUACGUGCCGCUCCCCUGGCCGUCGCCCCCGCCGUGAGGGCCGCCCCCGUCGCCUAUGCCGCCCCCGCCGCCGUGGCCGCCGCUGAAUACGACCCCCACCCGCAGUACAGCUACGCCUACAGCGUGUCUGACGCCGUCACAGGUGACUCAAAGAACCAGCAGGAGAGCCGUGACGGAGACGUCGUCCAGGGCAGCUACAGCCUGGUCGAGCCCGACGGUUCCGUCCGCGUCGUAGACUACACCGCCGACCCCGUGAACGGCUUCAAUGCCGUCGUGCACAAGGAGGCCGGUGCACACCCCGCCCCCGUCGUCGCCAAGGUGGCCGCUCCCGUCGCCUACGCCGCCCCCGCCAUCGCCAAGGUGGCCGCCCCCCUCGCCUACGCCGCCCCCGCCUACGGCAAGGCCAUCCUGGGCUAAAACGGCCAGCACGUGGCAGUUUGAUGCUGCCUUAAACAAUGAAGCUGCAGCAAAAUACCACUACGCCAUGCUGCACGUUAUGUGCAUUACAUUAAUGCACUGCAAUAAACAACCUGCUUAAACAAAAAAA